GUGAUUUCCUGUCACUGUUCAACUGUUUUGUAACUAACGUUGAAAGUUUAUACGGAUGUUUUCCCCACCACAGGUUCAUCAGACUGACAGACUCUUCAACUAAGUAAUUGACCUUAAAUCUUCAAGCUCAAAGACUUUAAGAUGGAGGAGGCGUAUGCAGCGCUCUAUCAGGAGUUUGUGCGUCUCCAGUCCAUCUGCUUAAAACAAGCUGCAAUGCUACAGCAUCUCUCUGAAGCUCUACAGCGACAGCAAGGUUCGGCCACAGCUUCAGCAAGGAACUUUGUAAACCCGUGCCAGUGCGCAGGAAAAAACACAUAUCAGCAAACACAGUGCCAUGAAUCUCAGAGACAUCCUGCUGGAGAAAACCUGCUGGAACCUCAGACUACUAAUUAUCUGGGUAAGAUAAACGAAGGACUAGACAAACUACAUCUUAACAUGGACGUGCUGGAUCAGAAACAGGCCGUCCACGAUAAAGCAGUUUUCCACAAUCCUGCGCAGAUGCCUGCAAGCAAUGCCUGGGAUGACCUGAGGAAAGCUGAGGAACAAUAUUAUGAUAACCAGACUCUACAAAAACUGCGGAGACCCGGGUCGUCCUCUUUCCUGGACAGUGAGCUGCUCAGUCACGCUGGAGGUCUCAUCAUGUCUGGAGUGACGCUUCAGUCGCAGGUGUGUGAGUUUUGUCAUGCUGUGUUUCCAGGACACACCACCACCCGCGGAGAGUUUCUGCGUCACCUCACAACACACAUGAGCUGAAGAAGGGCCGCGCUGAAACACUUCUCUCUGACCAAACACACACACACACACAUUACAUGAUGGAAGAAGAGCGGCUUUCAAUGGAAUAAUUCUUAACAUAAUAUUGACCUUAUUCUAAAAUGCGGAAGUGCGCCUGUUUUCGCGAUUGUCUUAGAACUUCCGUUCCAGUCGCCUAUGGGAGAAAUGACAAGGAAUAAUGAACGCCAAAAAACGGUCAAACUACUUGCUCUACAAACAAAUGUUUGCAUGACUAUACGGACCAAGUAGAAUAAUAUAACAAGGAAAUAUCAGUUUGCAACAUCACGAGCAGUUUUUAAUGUCUAAAAAUGAAUGGAAGUGCCAAAAAGAUUCAAAUGGCUGCACCCGCUCGUCUGCAGAGAAUAAGGUGAAUAUACACACUGACUGUACAGGCAUAUGCUAUAUAAAUUAACAUUUUAAUUUUAGGUGCGAUUAAUCAUGAUUUAUUAUGUAAUGCUUUAGCUUGCUAGUUUAAACUGUUUCUUCUCUGUCAUGCUGUAAUUAUGAUGUUAUUAUGAUAAUAACUGUAGGCGGGAUUCAUUUUGAUUGCAUUCGUGUGGUUUGCUAUUGGUGCAUCUCAUAUGAUUGACAUGUCAAUCCCGCCUUCAAACACCAAUCAGAGAUGUUGAAUUUAUUUGAACAAUAAAUAUACAGCUGAAGUCAAAA